AUGUAGCGUGGCUUUACUGAACACACACCACACUCGAAUAAGCGCAUCAAACUCCCCUCAGCCCCGGAUCCCCGCCAAUGAAAACGCACAAGAGCGUGAAGGAGAGAGAGGGAGAGACGGGACUCCGCUACAUACAAAGAGUGAGCCAAAUCCUACACAAACAGCCACAACACAAGUUGGGGAGAACGGAAAAGGCGGUCACAUUUCCUACUCACCUGCAACGUGAUUGAUGUGGGUGUUUGUAUCAGUGGGUGUGCAGCUUGUGUCAAGUCCGACAGUGUGUUCAAGGAUAUGCUGACUCCACUUUCCUGGAAUUCGUGAGAAUAGUUUAAUCUUCGCUCGUGCAACAUCACGCGCGCUAGAGCUAGAGGUGCAGUACUCAGAGAGCAGAAGGUAUCCAGGUACCAUUGGUGGAGACCAGUGUGACUAAUUCAGAUCUAACAGAAAAGAGGUGCCAUCUACUGAAUUACCUACAGAUUACAGAAGAAGAAAAAACAACAACAACUUCACCAGCACUGGACUCUUUCCAAUCAGUGCUUCCCAUUUUUGCGCUCUAUGGAGCAGGUGUUUUGCGCAAAACUCUUUUUUGACUUUCUCGCCUGCCUUCAAAAGACUUUUGCUCCAGCCUAGUGACGUGACAUUCACGGAGGUCUGCUAUCAAGUUUAUCCAGAGAUUUAAUCAUCCACAAGAGAGAAAUGGAUAACAGCCCCGGCGGUGGAGGAGUAAUCCUGUAUGCCGGCUCCUCUGGCAGUGCCAGUCCCAGCCCUGGCAGCCCUUCCAGUGGAUACCAGACACAAUCACCUUCUUCACACUCCCAGCCCUCAUCUCCAGAGGAGGUUACCUUCACGGAGAUUGGGGCGUUGAAGCAAAGGGCAGCUGGGUGCAACACUCCAUCCUCCAAACUGGUGUUCCAAUUCCCCGAGGUCUAUAGUGGCCCCUCAGCACCAGCAGCUACUCCACAGCAUUCCUAUGCACACCCCAUUGCGGGGAAAAGGCCAUGCGGAUUCCCGGGAACUUUCACCAAGACAGGUGGAAUGGUCUUGCUUUGCAAAGUCUGUGGCGACAUUGCAUCUGGUUUCCACUAUGGAGUGCAUGCAUGCGAGGGAUGCAAGGGUUUUUUCCGACGCAGCAUCCAGCAGAACAUCAACUACAAGAUGUGCGUGAAGAACGAGAACUGUCUGAUCAUGCGCAUGAAUCGGAACCGGUGCCAGCACUGCCGUUUCAAGAAAUGCCUCUCUGUUGGCAUGUCAAGAGAUGCGGUGCGUUUUGGCCGUAUCCCUAAGAGAGAGAAGCAGCGACUUCUGGAUGAGAUGCAGAGCUACAUGAACAGCCUAAAUGAGUCGGCUGCCAUGGACAUGGACUCCCCUUCAGUGAGGGAAAAUCCCACCAGCACAGACGACGGUACCUCAAAAGAGGCCAUUGGAGCCAUUUCCAGAGCCUAUCGUAACAUCUUCACCAGCAACAGCAGCAACCAGGAGCGAGCAUCCAAGUCAGCCAACAUCAUCUCCAACAACAACAACAACACAUCUCCCUUUUCUCAGGAUGGCAAUUUUCCUCAAGUCUCAUCUCACCCCUCCUCAGCUCAGAGUUAUCAGUCUUGCCCGGUUACCCCCGCCAGUGUAUGCCCAGUCUCCUCUAAUCACAACCAACCUGCAUUUAACAAUAUGGACAGCAAUCGCUAUACCUAUUUAGUGUCAUCAAAUCAGAAUCACAACAAGUCAAAUGCUACAAUACCUCAAAGGGGAAGCUCUGCCAAUCAUGACAGUUUCCGCAUUGCAGGCAGUACCCAAAAUCAGCCCUCCUGCCCAUGGAAGUUAGCUCCAGGAGCUAAAGUGCUGGCCUGUCCUCUCAACGCGUGCCCUGUGUCAGGGGCAGAACGCACAAGUCAGGAGAUAUGGGAGUCUUUCUCUCAGUGUUUCACCCCUGCUGUCAAGGAGGUUGUAGAAUUUGCUAAAGGCAUCCCAGGAUUUCAAGAGCUUAGCCAACAGGACCAGGUCAUGCUGCUAAAAUCAGGCACCUUCCAGGUUCUGAUGGUGAGGUUCUGCACCUUGUUCAAUGCUGGGGAGCACACAGUGACAUUCCUGAAUGGCCAAACUUACCCGCUGCCCACUUUGCGGGCCUUGGGCAUGGGCUCUCUGCUGGAUGCAAUGUUUGAAUUCAGUGAGAAGUUGGGUUCUCUGGGACUAGAGCCUGAUGAAAUGGCUCUCUUCAUGGCCGUGGUGCUGGUCUCUGCAGACCGUUCCGGCAUUUCGGACACAAGGGCCGUGGAGCAGCUACAGGAGGGCCUUAUCCGCGCCCUGCGUUCACUGAUCACUCGCCGUCGUCCAGAUGAUACCACCCUCUUCUCCAAGCUGCUCCUGCGCCUUCCAGACCUCCGCACCCUCAACAACCUGCACUCCGACAAACUGUUGGCCUUUCGCAUUGAUCCUUAAGAAGUCCCCUCUUUCACAGAGUGCACAGGAAAAAAACUAUUUCACACAGAAAAAUACACAGUACAUACACACAGAUAUUAUCUUCCAAGGGCAGGACUUCCUUCAAUAUUGAGGAACAAGGAAUUGUGCAAUCUGAUGAGUGUUGUUUUGAAAAGGAUAAAUGAGGGCUACAUACAUAUUUUUGACUUGCUGUUGAUCGUCAUGCAAUGUUUUGAGAGGAAAAAAUACAAUACAAUAAAAACAAACUCAUGUACACGCAUAAACCUCCACACCUCUUGAGAGACAUUGUUCAGUUAAAAAGAAAAAGAUUAAAUCAUUGUGUAGAGUUACUAGUACCGUUUUGGAAAAAAAAAAUCAUUUGUGCACUUGCUCAUUAUAUCCUGUAUACUUAAGAAUAAAAGCCAGUUCACUUCUGUUUAUUCCGCAAGUCAUACAGUAUUAACAGACCAUCACUAAGCAGCCGCUAAAAGAUGGAUGUUGUAUAUGAAAAAUUUUUUACUUAGGGACCACUGGUGAUGAUUGACCAUGUGUCAGUUUGUGUUUAAGAAAAAGGGAAUCUGUAUAUAAUACAUAGUGAUACCUGAAAUGUUAAGGCACUUGUGUGUCACUGUUUUACAAACAUGCCAUCUGCAUUAGUACUGGAAUGGGAUCCCUGCUUUAACCUGUACAUGACAGGAUGCAGUCUCUUUCUAAGUUUUGACUAACCUUCCAGAAAACAUUUGGCUCACCUUAAAUUUAAACGUGUCAUCGUGAUAAGACAGCACGAUUAUAAUAUUAUUUCACAAAAACAUAAUGUCUGUCACUGUACUGUAUCACAUCUAGACUGAUGGAGUGCACAUGGGGUUUUGUAGUUCCUGUGUUUAUUUUUUGUUGCUGUAAAUAUUAUGUUACCCAAUGUUGAUGUAUUGAUUACUGAACUGAUAUGAUGGAUCAGACAUAUGAGUUUGGUGUAAUGAAGAAGAAUGUAAUGACCUUCCUGUAUUUGGUGGGGAUCUGGCUAUGCCAAGGGAGCUUUGCUCAGGAGAAUGUGUAGUAGGGAUUCUCAAACAGCUUAGACACUCUUCCUGCUAUAUUAGAUGAUGUAACAAACCAGCAUAAUCCCUGAAAUCACCAGCAUUCACUCCACACGCACCCUUCCUCUGGCCCCAAUGUUUGUCAUACAAACACGAGAAAUAUUUUUUUUUUUUUUGGGUGAGAGAUCUAAUUUGAUUGGUCAUCUCACUGUUUGCUUGUUUGAUUAUGGCUGAUUGAGCACAUCUUGUACAUUUUGUACAUUUUUUCUUCCUAAAUAGAAAUGAUACAAUGAUAUAAAGUUGGAAUUAUGUAUUA